UCACAUGAUCCACAUGAUGUAAAGAUCAGUGAAUCUGCGCAGAUGGCGUCCUAAAAGACGGGCUGAGUAAUUUAUUUCAAAUCAAAAUGGCGACCGUCAGCGAUUACGAGUCAAUUCUGUGCGUUAAACCUGAUGUAAAUGUUUACCGCAUUCCGCCACGGGCAACGAAUCGUGGUUACAGAGCCUCAGACUGGAAGCUGGAUGCGCCUGAUUGGACAGGACGUAUGCGCAUAACUGCAAAGGGCAAGGUCGCAUACAUCAAACUGGAGGACAAAAUCUCUGGGGAGCUCUUUGCACAGGCACCAGUGGAAGAAUAUCCUGGCAUCGCCGUGGAAACUGUGAGCGACUCCAGCCGCUACUUUGUCCUCCGAAUACAGGAUGAUAAUGGUCGCAGUGCAUUCAUUGGUGUUGGGUUUGGGGACAGAGGAGAUGCCUUUGAUUUCAAUGUGGCUCUUCAGGAUCAUUUCAAGUGGGUGAAACAGGAAAUCGAAAUUAGCAAACAGUCCCAGCUUCCAGACACAGGACCAAAGUUGGACCUAGGCUUUAAGGAAGGACAGACCAUCACACUCAAUAUUGGGCAAAGCAGAAAAAGGGACAAACCUCGCCAGACAGGGUCAGGUGGACUAGGUCUCCUUCCCCCUCCACCUGGGGGCAAGAUCGCCCAACCUCCUCCCUCUGGCUCUUCCAAUCACAACACAGAGCCGAUCACGGGAGGUGUGGAUACUGGUUGUUUAUUAGAUCUAGAUAGCAGUAAUUCCAACUCGGUGGUCCAGUCAAACCAUAGUUCUGAUCUUUGGGGAGAUUUCUCCACCUCUGCAAGUUCCCUCGCACAACCAGCUCAGCAUGAAUCUUCUUCCACCAGCUGGGUUAAGUUCUGAACCUUUGCCCAUUUUUCUUUCCGUUCUAUCACUGUUUUCAUCUUUGUCCACCAUUUCAGCUACACUCAAAUAGGAACUAUGUUCAGUCAUCUGCAAUACAUUAGCCACUUCCAUUCAUUUGCAUCAUGAAUAUUUAUUACUGGAGACCUUAAGAGGCUGAGAACAAAAUGUAUGGAAAUGUUGGAAUUCAUGAAGUCUUUCCACAACUAACCCUAAAUUCAGCUAAACAAUAGUUUUGAAAAAGGUAAUGAUAACAAUAUUAAUAUAUGCGGUAUGUAUAAUGUAAAUAAUUGCCACUGUACAUAUAUAAUUUAGCAUAUUAUUUAAUCAUAUAUUUCAUCUCACGAGAGGGAUUUGUCAGAUUCCUAUAAGGGCACACAUUUGCAUUAUGGUUUGGCCAUAUCUGUUUGGUUGCAGUACAUUGCUUUCUUGUUUAUUGCUUGGCCGAUGCCUUUAUCCAGAGCAACUUACACAGAUUGAUUUUUAAAAAUGAAAUAUAUAACCCCUAUGUUAUAAUUCCAGUAUCUUAACUACUACUCUUGAUGUAUAUGGCAGAGCCCUCCAGUAUGAUGAUCAUUUGUAUUGACAAAAAACUGAUUUAUUUUUGGUCACACUGAAAUGUAACAACAGCUGUUUUUCAUUUGACAGUAAGAAUAGUUGGCCCUCCAUUGUCAAGUGAGGAGCAAUUAACUAGCAUGUCAUAAUCUUCUGUUCUGUGUUAUUAAGACUGUUGGCUUCAGAAUGCACAGUUGAUCUGAGAUAGAAGGGAUUUGAUAUGCUUACUCUGUUAAUCUUAUAUUCCUAUAUUCUGUGGUCAAAUGUUCAAGAGAAUGUGUUUGUGAUAGUAUACAUAUUCUAGUGACUUCUUAUGGCCCCGUGCAUUACAGUAUAAAGUACAAGCAAGCGAAUAAUGCAGUAUUUUGUUGAUUAGGUUGGAUUAAUGUAAGAAUGGGUACUGUUGGAAUGGUUUGUACCAUAAAUAAUAAAAGUGCUGAUCGUAGUAUUAUUUCAAAUGGGCCUGUUACUGAGCCAAACCUGAGCCACUAACGCUUGCUGUUAUGGUAAAUAUAUAUUUCCCAGAAGAGAGCAGUCAUUUGCAGUUGAGCAGUCAUUUAUCAGGAUAACUUGGAGCUCCAUUUGGAUGAAAGAACUGGGAUGUUAUUUGUUUGGUCUGUUUUGCUUCUCUUCCUUGUGUUCACUUUAUGUUUAUAUAUAAAUUAAUAAUUCAUCUAUCUGCCUGUGAUUCCAGAAAUACUGUAUGUAUAUUUACUGUACUGAGCAGUAUAAUUAUCAUGCUUAUAAUAAAUAGAUGUCAACUGA